AUGGAAGAUGUGCAGCGCGAGCUGGUCGACUUCAGAGGCUGGGGAAUCAGCGUGAUGGAAAUGAGCCACCGCGGCCCGCACUUCAAGAAGGUGCUGCAGGAAGCAAAAGAAGCAGCAACUCGUUUUCUGGAAAUUCCCCAAACUCACAAUUUGCUGUUCAUGUCUGGAGGGGCCACAGCGCAGUUUGCUGCUGAGGCUUUAAACCUUUUGACUCCGGAGUUUUCCAGGGCCGACUACGCCAUCACGGGGUACUGGAGCAAAUACGCCAUGAAAGAGGCCUCAAUGUACGGGGAAACAAAAGCUGUCACAGAUGCUGCUGCUAAAGACUAUCUUGAAAUAGACCCUGUUGAAACUUGGGAAAUGAGCGACAAGGGCGGAGAGCAUCAGCAGCAGCAGCAAGACUUGCAGCAGCAGCAGCAAGAGCAGCAGCAGCAGCAGCAAGAGCAGCAGCAGCAGCAGUUCACAAAGGUGUGUUUGUGGGUGUCUUUGCAGCUGGAGCGCAGAAGAACAUCGGCAUUGCUGGAGUGA